AAAAGCCAAAACGAAUUUCCCUCCCGCAAAGGCGGGAAGUACGUCCUCGUUCCCCCCAUAAUUAUCCUCUCUUUUUUACCCCUUUUUUUUCUCUGUAAGAUCACGUUUCCGUUACACACUCAAACUCUACCAGUCUUUCUCCCCAAAUCCCUAAAAUCCCUACAAAACCCCCUAUUUCAAUUCCACCACCCAAUCCCAAAUCCCCCAAUUCCCAAUUCCCAAUCCAAUCCAUGGCCGAUUCAGCUCAGAACGAGUCGCGGACGACGCCUAAACGGCAAGUUCGCCGGAAACUGGUCCAGACCACAUUGUUCCCUCUCAAACCCCAGCAACAGCUCGAGGUAAACGGCGAUCUGAAGGCCGCGAGAGGUAAUGCUGGUGACGACGACUGCGGCGACGACGAGGACUUCUGUGGGAGUCAAAGUAAAACGAAGAGGAAGUCAAGGGGAAAGAAGACGCCUCCCAUUAAAGCCCCGAAGAAGGACGGUAAGCGAUCCACGAAUAGUACGCCGAAGAAGAAGAUUAAUGGAACUGAAGUGGAGAGUGAAGAUGCGCCUCGAGUCGUCACUGAUUUGAGGCUAGAGGCUAGAUUGAAAGCUGAGGAAACGUCACGGAUAUUUUCAGGAAUGUUUUCUGGAAAGCAAAUACAUCCAUUUUUCUCAAUUUGUAAAGCUGGAAAAAGAAAGCGAGAGGAAACUGAAGUUGAUGUCGAUUUGAGCUACGUUGGGAGGAAGGAUAAAGAGAUCACUAGUGGUCCGAUUCAUGUGUUUGAAAGGACUCAGGAUGAUGCUGUGUUCCUUGAUUGGAGAAACUGGACAUUUUGUGAGGACACGUUUAUGAAAAGUGGUCCAGACAUGGAAUGCGCGUCCUCAUCAAUUUUUGAAGGCUCUGUCGAGUGCUUAAAUUUUGACAAGCUUCCCAUUGUUUUCCGACCCUGCAAAUUAUCGACUUUUCAGAAUGUGGUAUCCUUAGAUCAGCAUUGUAUUCAACAAGAAUUCGCUCAUGAUAUAUCACCAACAGUCCCUGGCUUCUUAGUCGAUGAGCAGUUGAUGCACUAUCAGCAGUCAACGGAAGCAGAGGAUAAUGAGAUGCUUAAGGUUGGUUUGCUUUCUCAGCAUACCACUUAUAUAAAGAAGUCAGAUAUCGAGCAGCAGAAAAUUCUCGAGGAAAGGUUGAUGUCAAACUAUUCCAGUUGUGGUAAUCAGCCCACAAAUAGCUUAUGGACAUAUAAGUACCGGCCAAUGAAGGCUAUUGAUGUAUGUGGUAACCAUGAAUCUGUGAAUUUUUUGAGCGAGUGGCUUCGUCUUUGGUAUGAAAGAGAUUUUCGAGCCAACAAAGAUCUCACUAGGUGUUCUCAAAGUGACUCUGAUUUAGAAGGUGAAGAUGAAGAGGCAAGCAUGAAGAAGAAUAAUGUUCUCUUAGUUACAGGGCCAACUGGGAGUGGAAAAUCUGCAGCGAUUUAUGCUUGUGCCCAAGAGCAAGGUUUUAAGGUUUUGGAGGAAACGCAUCAAGGUGAUUGCGCUCGGUUGUUGGAACAUUUAACAAAGAUGCUUGUGGUUGGGUCAGUAUAUGGUGAAGUUAAGCUCAGUGCAUCAGAAUGUCGGAGUGGGGCUCUUGUAAAACAGAGGUUUGGAGAGGCUUUGAAAUCUCACAAUUUUAGAAGAUCAGUGGCAAAUCCUGAGGGUUCACAGAACAAGUCUAUAGUGAAAUCCCCGUUUGUCGAUGCAAAUGGUAUGACAGACCAUGAGAUGGAUGAUGAUGUUAUUGAAUUGAUAGCCGUAUCAGAUGAAGAUUCUCAUGGGGCAACUGAAGCCUCUGUAAAAUCCGUCUCUAAGGAGGAUUAUAGCGAAGUUAAACAUCUUAUACUUUUUGACGAUGUGGACAUCACUUUUCUUGAAGAUCGUGGUUUCAUUGCAGCAAUUCAGCAGAUAGCUAAAACAGCCAAGGGGCCCAUAAUACUGACCAGCAAUAGUGACAAUCCUGUCCUGCCAGACAGUUUGGACAGAUUACAAGUGCGUUUCAUGUUGCCAUCACAAAAGGAGCUGCAUUCUCUUGCAUAUAUGGUUUCUGCUUUGGAGAGAGCCAACAUACAACCUUUGCUGCUUGAGCGGCUUAUUGAGUGUUGCCGGGGAGAUAUUCGGAAGAUCUUUAUGCAUCUUCAGUUCUGGUGUCAGGGUGGAAGAUUUAGAAAAGAUACCAAAAUGCGAGAGUGGUAUGGUUCCCUGCUAUUUGAUGUUGAGGCUGGCCAUCUGAUGCUGCCAAAUAUGUUACCCUGGGAUUUACCUUCUCAGUUAUCUGAUGUAGUAGAGAAAGAGAUAACAAAGGCAUUAUACGUGAUGGAAGAAAGUCCAAGAUCAAUGGACGUAAUUGAAGAAAAUCUUCACGAGAUAGAAGUGCAAUACAGUUUGGACAUGCCUUGUAAUGGAAUGGAAAGUUUAGAGGCCAAGAAGGUAGAAAUGCUGAGCAGGAAUGGCUCUGUUCAUGACUGCUAUCACCAUACGGCUCAAACUGAUACUGCUUCUGAGUUUUCCAACGAUUUAGGUACCCCAUUUUCCUCAUGUCGGCAUCAUGUUCGGAAUAUGCAAGCUGUUGUAAUGUCUGAUUCUGAAGACGAGUUUAUGACCAAUGGAUAUCCUAUAGUUACAGAUAACGCUAACGAUGAAGUCCUUGGUAUUAACCCAUUGUCUGAGGAGCUACUCAUUUUUGGAGCGGCUAAUAUAGAUGGACCUUAUGAAUGUUCAGAACUUGCAGAUGAGGUGCACAUAAGCGAGACUUGCAACUCAGUUGAUAUAUCAUGUGUACCAGAAUCGUCUUUUGUUCCUGAAACUGAAAUUGACAAUAUGCCAGAAUUAUCUUCUCAAACAGUGUCUUCUGACCAUUUUGCCAACGCCAUGAAAAGAGUAUCUUUAGACGAUGAAUUACAUGGUGGAGCCAACAAUCUUAAUAAACAAACAUUCGUACAAGGUAACUCUGAUAAGUGGGGAAGUGGCUGUGCUACAAUUGCAGAGUAUUCUCACAAGGAGUUUGAGAAUCAAAAGGAACAUGCGGAGACUGUUGCAAGAGCUUAUCAGUUGAUGGAUGAGUGUAGCCGCAUGGAUUUUAGUAAGGGCUCGCAGUUUAUACAGGGGCAAAAGUCCUCAGCGGUGACAGAUUUAGUGCAAGAUUCAUGGGACAAACUUCGUGGCUCCCGCAUUGAUCUUAGGCAGUAUAUUGCAUCCGAACAACCCAAUGCCUCUCAGAUUGUCAUGCUUGCUGAUCGAACGAGCAAUUUGAUCUCAGAAACUGACAUGUUGUUUUCUAAAUGCCAAUCAUUGAUGAAUGAUUCUUUCGAACUAUCAAUGAUCCCCUUGGAGGAGUCAGAUGUAUACAGCUGGUGUGACGAGCGAUUAUUGUUGGCAUCCACAAUUGCGCAGCAUGGGUUUUGCUUCUAUGCAAAAUGCAUUUCUUCUGUAGGAUCAAAAGAAAGUUGUGUAGGGAGGGUGGAUUUGGCUGGGGAAAUGCUGGCUAACACAGCCAGUACGAUGGCAUUCAGUAAGUUAAUUGGGAAGGGUAUGAGAGCAAGUAAGGCUUCAUCUGCCGAAAGAAAUUCAGAGACAUCCUUGCCAAAUGCGACAAGUGAAAUCCAAUCACGUGUAUUUGAUGUAAUUCGGUCAAUUGUACCUUCAAGAACGUACUCCAACUUGAGAGGUGGUGCACAGCAUGAGUAUCUUUCUUCUCUGCGCCACAUUUCAAGAUCAGAAGCUUCUCGGUUAUCAGAAGGAGCUGAGAAGACCACCAGAAGUAGGAGGAGGGUUGCUCCGCACUACUUAAGUAGGGGUGCACUGAUGUUAUCUCCUGAACAUAUAUCGUUGCUGGAUCAGUAUGGCUCAUACGGGAAAACCUCCUCUUCAUACUGACUGGGACGCAAUGUCGCUAAUCAGAUAGAAACUUUAGAUUAAGUAAAACUAACAUAGUGAGUUACCGUUUCAAUCAAGACGGAGUCAUCAGCUCAAUAAGGCUGGCAUUCAGUAGAGUAAAAUUUUAGUGACUACUGCUAUUUAUUUUAAGCCUGUUUCGACGUCAGCCAGCAUUGCCUUCACAGGAGAGGUAAUUAUUCUCCUUUGCCUUGGAAUAUGAUUUCCUUCUCAGUUAACCCAUUGUAAAGCAUUUUAGUGAUUGUAUUUCAACUUUGAUAGCAUUUGGUGCAAAGAUGUUUAAAGGAAUACCCAAUUUUUUUUAUCAGAGGUCAAAUAGCACUUUAUAUCUUA